AUGCAUGUCAAGUCCGCGAAUUUCGCGCGCAGCUUCGCCGCUUUGCUGCUGUUGCAAACACUUUUGCCACAAGGAGCAGACACUAAGCCAGUUGCUGCCGUAAAGAGUUUACUCGAAGGCAUGGCGAUGGGAACGUUAGGUGGUAUAGUUUUGCAUCAUGCCGUAGCUAAACAUAUGCAGCAUCAGACUCAACAACAGCAACCAAUUGCAUCACAACAACCUCAGCUAUUAUCAUUACCACCUCAAUCUCCAAAUGUGGCUGAACAUCAACCUAAUGAAUAUGGACAACCUCAAUACCCACUGCUCCAAGCUCCACACCCAGCCGAACAAAAUUCCGCUCAACUUGGACAUCCACAAUUUCCACAAUCAGCAAUUCAACAACCUCCUCAAUCUGGCUAUCCUCAUCUCUUACAACCAGUGGUUCAACAACCGCCUCAAUCUGGGUAUCAUCAACUGUCGCAACCAACGGUUCAACAACCUCCUCAAUCUGGCUAUCCUCAACUCUUACAACCAGUGGUUCAACAACCGCCUCAAUCUGGGUAUCAUCAACUCUCACAACCACCUGUUCAACAACCUUCUCAAUCUGGGUAUCAUCAACUGUCGCAACCAGCGGUUCAACAACCUCCUCAAUCUGGGUAUCCUCAUCUCUUACAACCAGUGGUUCAACAACCUCCUCAAUCUGGGUAUCAUCAACUGUCACAACCAGCCGAACAACAACCUGAUCACCCUCAAUUACCACAACCAGCCGACCAGAAUUCUGCUCAAUUAGAGUAUCUUCAUCAGAUCCCACAUGCAGCCCAACAACAACCUCCUCAACCUGGUCACGUUCAUUUCUCACAACCAGCCGUGCAACAUCUUCCUGAAUCUGUUCAACAACAACCUCGAUCCCCGCCACCAGUCCAACAACAAUCCCCAGAACAAGCAACAUCAUUGUAUAGCUCACUAAUUCAUAGGCUUCACGAAUUUAAUAGGAAUGAUAUGUUGAAAAAUAGCACAACACAAGAGGUGCAAUCACCACCUACAGGUGGUAUACUAGAUUCUCUUUUACAGAUUAAGCGUCCUGUAGAUCAACCGAAUACACCACAACAGCAACAUCAAAACGCACCACAGAAUCCGGACGUGCAAGCAGCCCCAGCGGCACCAGGUGAACAAUCUGCUCAACCCCAUCCGGUAAUAAUAGUUAAUCAAGCACCACUUGCUCAAGACAUCAAUAAACAGCCACCUCAGCUAACUGCAUUGCAUCCAGCAGUGGUACAACCAGCGACAGUUGGCGGCAUUCCCAUACAACCUGUUCAGCACGCCCAACCGCCUCAACCCAUAUAUCCUGUGCAUCCAGCGCAAGCUACUUCGCAAGUGAUUAUUCCAUCUAAGAAACCAGGUUACUUUGGCAAGUCUUCCGCAGACAAAAUACCCCAAAUGAAUUUCUUCUUGAUGGCAAUGAUGGCAUUCCUUCUCAUUUGGUGCAAGUAA